CUGUGAUCAUCUUUUAAAUUUAAAACUCAUAAUCUCCUCCAUUUGGUUUCAUCGAUAACAUACAAACGAUAAAUAUACUUGCAAUUUAUCGGUAUUAAAAAUGAAACUGCGAUAAGUAGUAUAUUUCCCACAUGUCCAUCGCUUUUUCCAUCAACGUGUCCCGGUCACACUAAAAGUUUAUUUCGCCUAAAACCUGAAAGUCGCGGCGUGCGGACAAUUUUUUUCUGUUUUGCCAAUGCAACACCAGUGAAGAGCCACAACAAGCACUAUUUCGAUAAGCGCCGGCCCAGCGGAUAAAAAAAGUGAAAUUGCCUUUUGCGGCAAAGUUGGCCAAAAGUAAAAAAUCAAGAAAAGCAAAAAGAGCCGAAAACAACAACAAAUUAAGUAGACACGGCAACGGCUUACAGGCGUCGCUGUGUUUGUGUGCGUCCGCGGUUGUUUGCCAGUGUGCGUGCGUGUGUAGUUGUUGCGCCAAAAAGUUCCAAUCGGAAUUCUGGCCAGCAAAAGAGGAACAGCUGCUGGCCGCAACGACGACAUCGACAACAAAAACAACAACAGCGGCACAAGAAGCCCAAGAGCGAAAAGCAACAGCAACAGCAACCAGUGACAACAACAAAACGCGGCCAAGAACUUUUAUAGCUGCCGAAAAAUGGGCGACUUCGAUCUGAACGUGGACAGUUUGAUACAGCGGCUGCUGGAAAACUUCAAAAAACAAAAAGAGGCCGAAGAGCACGCCCAGAAGCUGCUCAUCGCUCAACAAUUGGCCGCUGCCGGCGGAGCGGCCGCUGCUGUGGCCGCCGCAUCAGCUGCUGCUGCCGCGGCCGCCGUAACCGCAACAUCGCCCACCACCUCCGGCAGUUGCUCGGUGGCAGCGGCAGCGGCGGCGGCCAUGUCCGGCUCUGGCUCUGGGUCUGGAUCGGGUGGUUAUGGGUACGAUCCUCUGGAUGAGCUCACCGAACAGCAGCGACGUCUGUUGCAACAGUACUCGAUAUCGCCGCCCAGUGAGACAAUGAUAUCGGCCGACGGCGACCAGAUAACGGUCCAUCAUCCGCGCGAGGAGCCCAAGAAAUCGCGAUUGAAAUUGCGUGACUUUUUCGUCGCCGAGUUUGUGCGCAGCUGCCGUACGGGCAAACAGGUGCAGAUGACCGAGGCUGAGGUGCGCGGUCUGUGCCUCAAGUCACGCGAGAUCUUCUUGCAACAACCGAUCCUGCUGGAACUGGAGGCACCGCUAAUCAUCUGCGGCGACAUCCAUGGCCAGUACACAGACCUGUUGCGGCUGUUCGAAUAUGGCGGCUUCCCGCCGGCCGCCAACUAUUUGUUCCUCGGUGACUAUGUUGACCGGGGCAAGCAGUCGCUGGAGACCAUCUGCCUGCUUUUGGCCUACAAGAUCAAGUAUCCGGAGAACUUUUUCUUGUUGCGCGGCAACCAUGAAUGCGCCAGUAUUAAUAGGAUUUACGGCUUCUACGACGAGUGCAAGCGUCGCUAUAACGUAAAGCUGUGGAAGACCUUCACAGAUUGCUUCAACUGUCUGCCAGUGGCUGCGAUCAUUGACGAGAAGAUCUUCUGCUGCCACGGCGGCCUCAGUCCCGAUCUGCAGGGAAUGGAGCAGAUUCGCCGCCUGAUGCGGCCCACAGAUGUGCCCGAUACUGGCUUGCUGUGUGACCUACUGUGGAGUGAUCCGGAUAAGGAUGUCCAGGGCUGGGGCGAGAACGAUCGCGGUGUAAGCUUCACAUUCGGUGUGGAUGUGGUUUCCAAGUUCUUGAACCGUCACGAGCUGGACUUGAUCUGCCGUGCACAUCAGGUUGUGGAGGAUGGCUAUGAGUUCUUUGCACGUCGCCAGCUGGUCACAUUGUUCUCGGCGCCCAAUUACUGCGGAGAGUUCGACAAUGCCGGCGGCAUGAUGACCGUGGACGACACGCUCAUGUGCUCAUUCCAGAUCCUUAAACCAUCCGAGAAGAAGGCCAAGUAUCUGUAUAGUGGAAUGAAUUCGUCGCGGCCCACGACUCCGCAGCGAAGCGCCCCAAUGCUGGCGACCAACAAGAAGAAAUAAUAUAUCCAUCCGCUUCCAUUUCCUUAAAGGUUCAACAAACAAAACAAAAACAAAAACAAAAAAAAAAAGAAAACAAACAACAAAAAAAGAAAACAGAAAUAAACUUUUAUAUAGGUACACACAUAUAAAUAUAUAUAUAUGGAAACAUAUAUAGAAGGAGCGACAGUAGAGAGAGAUAGAUCGAGGGCAAAGCAAAAUUCAAUGUGUGUUAAGCAGGCAAAAUUCAUAUUAACAUUUAUGUGUAUACAUAUUACCUAUGGACAGGCAUCUCCACAGUUUCGGAUGUAGUAUCUGUAUCUAAUUUAAUAAACUUGCCUGUAGUCGUGGAUGGCUCCCCUGUUACCACUUUUCACUAUCAGCUCUCCCAUCGCAUCGCAUCGCAUAGCCCAGGCGCCCCCAAAGUUGCAGAUAAAUAAAUCAAUUAAAAGUACAGCGAUGUUAAGCAAUGAAUUUAUAUAUAUAGGCAUAUUAAUGUAAACUAUAUACGAUAUACUUAUAUAUAUAUAUAUAUAUAAAUAACUACCAGAGGGAAACGAAAGCAAACCCCAAAGGAAAUACAAACAAAAAAAAGAAAGAUAGAAAGAAAAAGUUAAGUAAAGGAGAAGCUGAAGCGGCAUCGACUAGCGCCGAGCUUAAAAGAUUCGCAACAGAGUUUAUCGGUUUUUUUGUUCUACUCUUAUCGACUAAAUGCGCAUUACAAAUUUGUCCAACAAAAAUGUUAAGAAAUCGAUAAACGAUGAUCGAAAGCAACCUAUGUCUUAGGCUUAAAAAACGGUUCAACUCUGUGUGUGUGUGUAUUUUAUUUAUUAUUUAUCUAGAAAUCUAAAUAUAUGUAUGUUCUUUUUGUCGAUUGUUUAAUUAAUUUAUUGCCUAUCUUAAUAGUAAUAUAAAGCGAAACCAAUUAAUCCGUAACACAUAAUUCUAUAUAUAUAAAUAUAAUUUUUUUUGUCGUUGUACUAAGUUUAAGUGGCGAAAACUGUUAACUGGUUAAAAGGGCAUUUAACAAUUGAGGCUUACUUUUCAAUGCCUGAACUUUUACCUAUUUACCUAUUGUUAGCAAAAGGCUAAAACCCUAUUCUACCUAUCCAACUUAACUAUAACUUGCCUCACACACAAAACCAGAACGAAAAGAAACAUACAAAAAAAAAAAACAAACAAACAAGAAGAGAAAAAACAAAAUGAACUAAAUUUAACGAAUUUUUGAAAACAUUACUUCGAGUACUUGAAACACCAAUUUUUUGUGCAUCUUUAAUUUAUAUACAUAUAAUUAAAAAACGCAAUUCGUUAGUAGAGAAUGUAGAGGGAAGCCAGAUGAGCGGAGAGGCGAGUACAUAUAUAUUUCAAAUAUAUAGGUAUAUAUAUACGGAAGGAUAGAAAGAAUAAACUAAUUUUUUCAUCGUCGUAACUUAUUAGAUUGUAGUGCCUUUUUUGCCUCCAAAAAAAAAAAAAAACAAAACAAAAACAAACAAAAA